AUGGCGCUGAGGGAGGAAACCGGGCCCCGCCGCCGGCCCCGCCCCGCCCCGGCGCGCCCCGCCCCGAGCGCGCCGCCGCUUCCCCGCCCGCGGCCCACUCACCCGAGACGCACCUCUCCGGCACCGCCUCGGUCACCCGGCCGGGCGCCUCGGGCGAGGAGGAGCGGCGAGGGGAGGCCGGCCCGGCCCGCUCGGGGCCCUGGGGCGUGGAGGAGCAGUCGCACUCCGCCGCCGCAACCGGGCCGUCCGCGGGGUUCCGCACCUGCCCCGCGGGGGCUGCGCAAGCUCAGCCCGGCCGGGGAGGGAGGCGGCCUUGGAGGAGGGCGGGCCCGCGAGGUCGGAGGUCACCCGCGAGGCAUCUCGGGACGGCGGCCGCCGCUGGACACGCUCGGCCGGGCCACCUGCGGCUCCAGCGCGGCCUGGGCGGAGGAAUCCGUGCAGGCGGCGCGCGAUUGGCUGUUCGCCGCGCUCGGCCCUGCGCGGGAUGCUUCCGCGCGCCGUCGCCGGGACGCGGGGACAGCGGCGGCACGCCUAGGUGCCCCCUCGUCUAAGUUUGGGGACUUAGAAGGCGCCGGUCCUCCCGCGGCCGCGGCUGCGCUCCUCUGGUCGCAGGCAGAGAGCAGGGAGGCUGCGCGCGUGGGCAGGUCACAGACUGGCAGCCCGUGA